UUAGCUGUCAGAGACAGUAACACAAGAGCGUGCUCAGUAAAGGCUUGCUUUAUUUGAUCUACAACAUUUUGUGCAGGAGCAAUGUUCUUUGAAUCUGGUGUAACUGCUUUAACAAGGUGUUACUUUUGAGUUUCUGCAUUAGAAGCUCAUGUCAACAGUAAAAUGCAAAGCAGGAAUUGGUAGCAGUUAGACAGCUAUUUGGAAAACAUAGUUUCUAUGCAGGAUUUUAAACUACUGAAAUUAGGUUUGGGGUUUUUUUAUCUUCAAAAGAAGAGCUAGUAAGACUAAACCACAAGUUCUGGGCCAGAUAAACUGAAGCUUACUGUAUUUUUUUUUUAAACUGUAAGGACUGUAAGUAUGAGACACCAAGAAGUUCCUGCUAGUGAAGCAAAUGCAUUAUAUACAGGGAUAGUACCUUCAAGUACAGGUAACAAUAUUACAGUCAGCUCUGUGCAUCACAUGAAGGACAAACCUUACCUCACCAAAAGAAGAGGAUGUCCCAGUGAUACUUGGACCGUGAACCAAGCUACUGGUACCAGUACUCAUGUGCAUAAACAAACCAUCAGCAAUCAGUUCCCCAGCUUGGGUAACAGCGAAUUAAACUGCAGCGAUGAAUGCUACACAGAGACAUCAAUUAUUGCUCAGCCCAUAUUUGUUUUUGAAAAGAAAGAACGACAUUUUAAGAGGCCUGCAGAAGACGUGGUUUACAAGGCUGAGAAUGAUUUCAUUGGUUCCAGGAAACGGGCAAGGUCUUCAUCUUUUACUUUCCAAACGUCUGACUCGCAGUUCUACAUGGAUACAGCAAUCUCUCGGAAAAGAGUGAGAUCAUCUUCCUGUACUAUCCUUCCUACCUUUCCUCCAUCACAGCCAGUAAAGAAUAACAUAUUCAUGACCUCAGCUCUUCUCCAGAGAAACCAUGACAUCACAAGAACAGAAAAAGGACUCUCAUCACCAGUUCAGCAGUGGACUGUCAUAAGACCUGCCGUUUUACAGCCACCACAGUCUCAGAUAUGUGAGGAAAGAAGGCAGAUGUGCACUGAAAAUACACUGGCAUCUUCCAAAGCUAAAGAGAAAGCAAAUAUUCAGUUGUCUGAAGAGAGCUCUCGUUGCCCAGCAGAGAAUUCAGCAAGUUCUGAGACAACAGUGAGGCCAUCUAUCUCCAUGCACCUUACUAGCCCUAAAACAGUAGGAAAUCAGCCAGUUGAAGAUGUAACUUUUUUAAACAACAGAAAUUCUACUUUUGUGUUUGGAGAAAACAUGGUAGAGAGAGUUUUGAGCCCUCAAAAAUCUCCCAAGCUGCAUAAUGAAACUGAUCUAUGCAAGAGAGAAAUAACAUCCACAGAUGCCAAAACUUUUCAUACUGGUUAUUCACAUACAGAAACAUUUUUUGCAAAGAAGUCAACACUAAUUGAAUCAGCUGCAGCUUACAUUUCCAAACCAGCACAGAAAUAUUUGUUAGAUAAAGUUGAAGUUAUAACAGGGGAAGAAGCAGAACAUAAUGUGUUGCAGAUCAGUUGCAAGCUUUUUGUAUUUAAUAAACUCUCACUAUCCUGGACUGAAAGAGGAAGAGGAUCCCUGAGGCUUAAUGACACUUCAAGCAAUAAACAUGGAACAUUACACUCAAGGCUAGUUAUGCGAAAUCAAGGCAGUUUGAGACUGAUUCUCAACACCAAACUCUGGACUCAGAUGGCGAUAGAAAGAGUAAAUCGCAAGAGUUUGUGCAUCACUGCGACAGACCUAGAAGACCAUUCUGUUAAAGUAUUUCUAAUACAGGCAAGUUCAAAAGAUACUGAGUACCUGUAUGCAGCAAUACAUCACCGUCUUGUUGCACUGCGAAGCUUUGCUGAGCAAGAAUUGGAUGCAAAUCAGGUUGACACAGAGCCAGAAACAGCCUUUCAUUCAUUAAAUUGUGAUAGUGAUGAUGAUGAUGAAGAAGAUGAAACAAUAACACAAGUGAGCAGCAAUGAAUCAGAAGUCUAUUUGUGAGGAUCCGGAUCUACAAAGGAGAAGAGAUAGGUAUGGGGAAUAUACCUGUGGGGCUGGGGAGACAGAUGCUACCAUCAGAUGAUGGCAGGAGACAAAAGCUUACAGGUAAGUAAAAAACAUGGAGAUCUGGAAGAAGGGUCAGAAUCUGAUGGGGAACAUGGGCUGUUUAUAGCAGGGAUAAGAAAGGGACAAGAGACAACAUAGUGGGGAAAUCAAAUCCGUAUCUUAGAUAUCUGUAUACUAAUGUGAGAAGUAUGGGGAAUAAGCAGGGAGAACUCAAAAUGCUAGUAAAUAAACACAACUACGACAUCGUUGGCAUCACAGAAUUAAUACGCAUGACUAAAAUACUGGUAUAGAAUGGUACAGCUUGCUCAGGAAUGACAGGCUGGGAAAAAAGGGAGGAGGUGUUGUCUUAUAUAUUAAAAAUGUAUACACUUGGACUGAGGUUAAGAUGGAAACAGGAGACAGACUUGUUGAAAGUCUCUGGGUAAGGAUAAAAGGGGUAAAAAACAAGGGUGAUGUCAUAGUAGGGGUCUACUGCAGACCACCUACUCAGGAAGAAGAGGUGGAUGAGGCUUUUUUUAAACAACAAACAAAAAUCAUCCAAAGCACAGGACUUGGUGGUGAUGAGGGACUUCAACUACCCAGACAUCUGUUGGGAAAAUAGCAGGGCACAGAUUAUCCAACAAGUUCUUGGAAUGUAUUGGAGACAAUUCUUUAUUUCAGAAGGUGGAGAAAGCUACUAGGGGAGAGGCUGUUCUAGCUUUGAUUUUGACAAAUAGGAACUGGUUGAGAAUUUGAAAGUGGAAGGCAGCUUGGGUGAAAGUGAUCAUGAAAUGGUAGAGCUGAUGCUUCUAAGGAAUGGUAGGAGGGAGAACAGCAAAAUAAAGAUAAUAGAUUUCAAGAAGGCAGACUUCAGCAAACUCAGGAACUUGGUAGGUAAGAGCCCAUGGGAAGCAAAUCUAAGGGGAAAAUAAUUGAAGGUGGUUGGCUGUUUUUCAAAGAGAUAUUAUUAAGGGUACAAGAGCAAACUAUCCCACUGUGUAGGAAAGAUAGGAAAUACGGCAAGAGACCACCCUGGCUUAACCAGGAGAUCUUCAAUGAUCUAAAAAUCAAAAAAGAGUCCUACAAAAAGUGGAAACUACGUCAAAUUACAAAGGAUCAAUUUAAACAAAUAACACAAGUAUGUAGGGCCAAAAUUAGAAAGGCCAAAGCACAAAACAAGAUUAAACUAGUCUGAGAUGUAAAGGGUAACAAGAAAACAUUCUACAAAUACAUUAAUAGCAAAAGGAAGACCAAGGACAGAGUAGGCCAAUUACUCAAUGAGGGGAGGGAAACAAUAACAAAAUAUGUGGAAAUGGCAGAAGUGCUAAAUGACUUCUUUGUUUCAUUUUUCAUCAAAAAGUUUAGAAGCAAUUGGACAUCUAACAUAGUGAAUACCAGUGAAAAUUAGGUUGGCUCAAAGGUUAAAAUAGGAAAAGAACAAGUUAAAUGCCUUCAAGUCACCAGGGCCUUAUGAAAUACAUCCUAGAAUACUCAAGAAGCUGACUGAGGAGAUGUGAGCCAUUAGUGAUUAUCUUGAAAAAGUCAUGGAAGACAGCUUCUUGCUGAAAAACACUACACGGUGGAAUUCUUGAUCCGGUCCUUCCUGCAUUAAAACUGCUCCCACACCAUGCUCGAACGCAUCUGUGGUUACUAGGAACGGUUUGUCAAAGUCUGAGACCCUUAGCACAGGGUCAGACCUGAGUGUUGCUUUAAGCUGGUUAAAGGCCUUCUGACACUCUUCGGU